GAGGGAGGCGGCUGGAGUGCGUCAGUGCGAGCGGGGCCGAGGGCUCGAGCGAGGGGAGCGCGAGCGACAGACAUAAAAUAACAAAACGGAGGAAAGGUGGACACACAUUAAAACAACAGUUUGUAAAGUCGUAAGCGAGGAACGGCACGGGCGGAGUACUUUUAAAACAUUUUUUUAAAAACCCGGAGAAAAUCCAGAUCAAGACCAAUUUUGAUACAAGUGCAGAAUGUGGGGAAACCCAGCAAGUCUGGCGGCAUCUGUGGAGAGGGAGAAAGAGUUCCAAGUCCAAUUAUGACUUCAGAACUGAUAACUUGGCCAUUAGGAUUAUCGCUGCUUCGCUGAAGUAUUCAGCUGGAAGCCUGGAUUGAUUUAUUGAACAGGUUCUGGGAGUUGACUGUCUUUGACUUUGUAUUAAUGUUGGCUCGUUUGAAAGAACACUAUUCAAUCAGGGAGCAUCACUGACGUUGUGGUCCAAUGUAGCAGUAUUUGGUGGUAAAAGAAGAGUUCGCUGCGUGGUGAGAUAAAAUUAGGACCUCGGUCUCAGACCAUGUCAGUAUGGAUUCAGGCCCAGCAGCUUCAGGGCGAAGCUCUGCGUCAGAUGCAGUCCUUGUAUGGUCAACAUUUCCCGAUUGAAGUUAGGCAUUAUUUGUCACAGUGGAUUGAAAGCCAGGCAUGGGAUUCAAUUGAUGUUGAGAAUCCACAAGAGGAAUUUCGAGCGCAACGAUUGCUUGAGACCUUGAUACAGGAGUUACAGAAGAAAGCUGAUCAUCUAAUGGGUGAAGAUAUUUUUGUAUUAAAGCUGAAAUUAGGGAAUUAUGCCACUCAGUUAAAGAAUACUUAUGACCGUUGCCCACUGGAACUGGUUAGAUCAAUCAAACACAUUCUGUACCAUGAGCAGAGGCUGAUUAGAGAAGCUACAAAUCCAAGUUCACCAGUAGGUUUGUUGGAUUCCAUGUCUCAGAAACAUCAUCAAAUAAACCAAACAUUUGAGGAACUAAGACUAAUGACUCAAGACACCGAGAAUGAACUACGAAAGCUGCAACAUACCCAAGAAUACUUCAUUAUUCAAUACCAAGAGAGUCUACGCAUACAAGCUCAGCUUACCCAGCUUGCGCAGCUUAGUCCACAAGACCAGAACCGUCUCUUGCGAGAACAAAAUUUACAACAGAAACGGACAUCAGUGGAGAACUGGUUACAACGAGAAGCCCAGACACUACAGCAAUACAGACUGGACUUAGCCGAGAAACACCAAAAAACAUUACAGUUGCUUCGUAAGCUACAGACAAUUAUUUUAGAUGAUGAGCUGAUUCAGUGGAAACGUCGUCAGCAAUUAGCAGGGAAUGGUGGUCAAUCUGAAGGGAGUUUGGAUGUGCUGCAGUCAUGGUGUGAGAAGUUAGCAGAGACAAUAUGGCAGAACCGUCAGCAGAUCAGGCGAGCUGAACACCAAAGGCAGCAGCUACCCAUCCCAGGUCCAGUGGAGGAGUUACUUACAGAACUCAAUGCAACAAUUACAGAUGUAAUAUCUGCACUAGUCACGAGCACCUUUAUAAUUGAGAAGCAACCCCCUCAGGUUUUGAAGACUCAAACCAAGUUUGCAGCUACAGUACGCUUAUUAGUAGGAGGAAAGCUUAAUGUUCAUAUGAACCCACCCCAAGUGAAAGCAACAAUCAUCAGUGAACAACAGGCCAAGGCUCUUCUGAAAAAUGAGAAUACUAGAAAUGACAGCAGUGGUGAAAUAUUAAACAACUGUUGUGUUAUGGAGUACCAUCAAGCAACAGGAACCUUAAGUGCCAACUUUAGAAACAUGUCUCUUAAACGAAUCAAGCGUUCUGAUCGGCGUGGAGCAGAAUCAGUCACAGAAGAGAAAUUUACAAUUCUUUUUGAAUCACAGUUCAGUGUUGGUGGAAAUGAAUUAGUGUUUCAGGUUAAGACUUUAUCACUUCCAGUGGUAGUAAUCGUUCAUGGCAGCCAAGACAACAAUGCAACUGCCACAGUACUUUGGGAUAAUGCAUUUGCAGAACCAGGUCGGGUACCGUUUGUAGUUCCUGACAAAGUACUCUGGCCACAGUUAUGUGAAGCUCUCAACAUGAAGUUCAAAGCAGAGGUUCAAAGUAACAGAGGAUUGUCAGAAGAAAAUCUUGUUUUCUUAGCUCAGAAAGCAUUCAGUAGUUCAGCCAUACAUGCAGAUGAUUACAGUAAUAUGACCAUCUCCUGGUCCCAGUUUAAUAGGGAAAGUUUGCCAGGUAGAAAUUUCACAUUCUGGCAAUGGUUUGAUGGAGUCAUGGAGCUGACAAAAAAGCAUCUAAAGCCUCACUGGAAUGAUGGGGCAAUUUUGGGCUUUGUAAACAAGCAGCAGGCACAGGACAUGCUGCUUUCCAAGCCAAAUGGAACCUUCCUGCUGCGAUUCAGUGACUCUGAAAUUGGAGGGAUUACAAUAGCUUGGGGAGCAGAUAAUCCCAACAAAGCAGGAGAAAGAAUGGUUUGGAAUCUCAUGCCAUACACAACCAAAGAUUUUUCAAUUCGAUCACUGGCAGAUCGUAUCAGCGAUCUCAAUCAUUUGCUGUACUUGUAUCCUGACAGACCCAAAGAUGAUGUGUUCUCCAAAUACUAUACGCCACCAUUAUCAAAAGCAGUAGAUGGGUAUGUAAAACCACAGAUCAAACAGGUAGUUCCAGAAUUUGCUACAGCAUCAUCUGAUGCUUCAUCAUCGAGCAGUACUUAUAUGGAGCAAGCAGCAUCACCUGCAGUUUGUCCCCCACCUCAGUAUCCCCUUUAUUCACAAAACCCAGACAGUAUGCUUGAUCCUGAAGGGGAUUUUGACCUAGAUGAUACAAUGGAUGUUGCCAGACAUGUGGAGGAGCUUCUGCGCAGGCCAAUUGAUAAUCAAUGGCUUCCUCAUCAACCAACAUGAUUGACAAUCCCCGAGGAGAAAGUGAGAUUGACUGGUCAGUGAUGAAAACUUGCUUAGAAUACAGUGGACCCAACAGGCUCAUGGUCGUGCAUUUGGACUUCUGCAACAGUGGCCCUUUUGGAUUGGGAACAAUGUUCACAACAAGGCAGGGGGUAGAGAGAACCAGAAGUUCUUGAGAGUGGGCUCGAAGAGGAGGUUGGACAAAAGUCAUGAGGAGAGAAGGCAGCAACAAGAAGCUGGACCCGAGAAUUCAUCAGCUUUAUGGUAAGGCCCAUGGCCAUGAAUAGAACAGAUGGAAGCCUCUGAUGAGUUCUCUGGAGAGCCACAAAGGGAAAUUGAAGCAGGUCUAAAGCUGCCAGAGAAUAGACGGACUUCUGGACAGCACUUCGGAGUCCGAGAAGGCUUGAGUGAGGAAAAUUCUUUUUGUGCCUGGAUUGCAAGACAAUCUGGCUUGUGGUCACAAGGAAUUGUCAAUAGAAAUUCCUCUAACUGAACUCUGCUAACCCAGCUGGUUAACAAUCUGAACUUUAGCUCCUGAUGGUAUCUGGUGGAUCUGGAGUGUUGGUCUUGGAUCCCUUGUAAAUAAUUUGAGUUUCUGUUAACAUUCUUAAAACUUUGAUGCAAGUGGAAUAAAUUAUGUAGUCUGUUUGAAUCUCAUGUUAUAAUAGAAUGUUCCAACUAAUUAAAAAUAAAAGUUUAACUGAGGUUGAUCUUU